AUGAGAGAUGCUAGCACUAAUCAGAUAACUUUGUGUAAUGGGAGAAAAGAGGACGGGCACUUUCCGUGUAGUAGAUUAAAAGAAAACUCGUCUAAGGUUGUUGGUGGUAACAAGUACAGUUAUCACUUAUUCGCUAAAUCAGUUCUAUCAGUGAAAGAGGAGCUAACUAUACUGGUUAAAGCAGGCGCCCUUUCUCCCACAAAGCUGAGGAUGAAGCUUCUGGGAGCCCACAAUCGCGUGAGGGUCAUCAGCAGCAGCUCCUCACGAACAUCGCCUUCAAAGAACGUCGAGCCGUCGCAAGCGCAGAACAGAUUAUUAGUAUGCGAUGUUCUUGACGAAGUUUCAGACAGCUCCGGUGCCACCAAAUGCCCUGCAGCAGUCAGCAACACCGAAGUUGUAGACAAGGAUCCAGCAGUAGAUAGCUACAAGGUUCAGAACAUGCCCAAGAGUUCAGUUCACCAACCCGCGCCGAGCAACUCAAGCAUGAUACAUCCUGUGCGAACGGUCGAGGAGGACAGCAACGAAUGCGACAGUGGUCUUGACAAUGCCAGCACCAGCAGCUUUGAGUUCCAUGGAGGCGAGAAGACCGCGGCGCAGAACCCAACGGCUGGGUACUUCUCUAGACAGGCUUCCUCCAAGUGGAACGACGCGGAGAAAUGGAUUGUGAACAAGCAGACUGUUCAGCAGAACACCGCCAAGGGCGCAUCGCAGAACCAGAGUGCGCACCAGGUGAAUUCCGCUGCGCCCAGGGGCGGUGGCAUUGUGCCCAAACACCACGGCGCAUUUGCUCGCCCCAUUCAGAACAUGAAGAGAUUCAACCCGGCUUCGUCGGCCUCUAGGAGCAUAUUAGAGAGGCUGUCUUUCGCUUCGCAUCAGCCAAAGUUGGUCAGGCACGCAGAUGUCUGUGCAGAUCAAGGUUCUAGCGCCAACUCAGAGUAUCAGAAGGGUCAAGCUGAAACCAAUUCGAUUGCAAUUAAGCCCUGCAAUGAUACUGAAGUUCAGGCGGUGUCUGUGAGAGAUGUGGGCACAGAAAUGACUCCAAUACCAAGUCAAGAUCCAUCAAGAACAGGAACACCACUUGGGUCUGUGACACCGACUCGCAGCCCGAAUUGUUCGAUACCAUCAACUCCUGUAGGUGGACGAUCGACGGCAUCAAUAGGAGAAGACAAUGCAGAUGAUGGUCCUUAUUUCAACAGAAAAGGUGGCAUGAAUGAAUUGUCAGAGGAUGAAAUCAGGCUCAAGGCAAGGAAAGAAAUUGCUGCCCUAGGUGUACAACUAGGAAAGAUGAACAUCGCUUCAUGGGCUAGCAAAGAGGAGCUAGAAUUAGUCUCUGCGACGCCGAGCAUCGCUGAUCUGGAGAGGAUGAAGCAGGAAUAUGCUACUCGUGCUGCAGCAUUCGAGGACGCCGAAAAUUCUAAACAUACAGCACGAUUCAAGAAGGAAGAGCUGAAGAUCGAAGCAUGGGAGAGCCGCCAAAGAACAAAAGUUGAAUCCGAAAUGAAGAAGCUAGAGGAACGCGCGGAGAAAAUGAGAAGCGAGGCCAUGGCGAGGAUGGCCGAAAGGCUGGAGCUGGCACGCCGCGUGGCCGAGGAGAAACGGGCAUCAGCCAACGCCAAGAUGAACAAGCAAGCAGCUAGGGCAGUUCAGAAGGCCGAUCUGAUUCGCCAGACAGGAAGGAUUCCUGGGUCACGUAUCCUAUGCUGUGGCUGUUUCUGUGAACCUUAG